AUGAAGAAAAUUUACUACCUUCACACCCUCGAACUCUUCCUGUUAAGUUUUCUGUUAGCUAGCUUGGCCACGAGGGUAACCAACAUUACCACAGAUCAAUCAGCCCUUCUUGCACUGAGAGCCAAAAUCACUUCAGAUCCUCAACAAAUCCUAUCAAACAAUUGGUCCCUUGCAUCCUCAAUCUGUGACUGGAGAGGAGUCACUUGCGGCUCUCGCCAUCGUAGGGUGACUACCUUAAAUAUCUCCAGCUUGGGUCUUACUGGCACCAUUCCCCCGCAAUUGGGGAAUCUGUCAUUUCUUGUAUCCCUCGACAUGAGUAUGAACUACCUUUAUGGAGAACUCCCCCGACAAUUGAUUCGUUUGCAUAGGUUGCGACUUCUUGAUCUCUCUGUUAACAAGCUCAGUGGAGAUAUUCCCUCUUGGGUUGGUUCCUUGCAAGAACUCCGAUAUCUUUCCCUCGGGAACAAUAGCUUUACGGGCUCUAUUCCUCCUUCCAUCUCCAACAUGUCAAUGCUAGAGACCUUACAACUCUCAUACAAUCCCCGGCGAGGAACAAUUCCAAUGGAAAUCGGAUAUCUAAACAAAUUGAAGAACAUAGUCAUGUACUACAACCAGCUUUCAGGUCCUUUGCCUUUGGAGAUAUUCAAUAUUUCCUCACUGGAAAUUAUUGCACUUAAAGGUAAUAGCCUUUCUGGCAGUCUUCCAGUUGAGAUAUGUUCCCGUCUCCAACAGCUCACAUGGCUUGACCUUUCCCAUAACAAAUUAAGUGGAAGGAUACCAUCGUCAUCGUCGUCGGAAUGUUCAAAACUUCAAGUACUAUCAUUAGCUGCCAACAAUUUUAAUGGAGGGAUACCGGAAGGACUUGGGAACUUCACGGCUCUCGAGGAACUAUAUCUUGAUCACAACAAUUUGACUGGUUCUUUGCCACUGGGGAUAUUCAAUAUUUCGUCAUUGGGAAUUAUUUCUAUGCGAGGUAAUAGCCUGUCUGGAAGCCUUCUUCCAUUCAGCAUGUGUCACCGUCUUCAAGGACUCACAGCGCUUGACCUUUCCCACAACAAAAUAAGUGGAAUGCUGGCAGGGAGCGACACGUGUUGGGGGCAAAACGGUCCAAACGGAGACGUUAAAGUGAUGGUGAGCGCGUGGAGAGGAAAUGAAGCAGACAGCGUGCGGAAUGAAGCAAACAAAGCAGACAGAGUUCCGUACUAUCGUCCUGGGUUGGGACAGGAUGUCUUAUUGCAGCCCCAAAACAGGACUGAUGCGGGGAAAAAUGUGUACAUAGCUUCACCGUCUUUUGUUGUGAAUGUCCGACAUAGUCAGCGGAGUAAUACCUGCAAAGGGGAAUCCAAACGGUGUGCAGAUAAGGAGGUGCGGUAUUGCAAGUGUGUCUUAUUGUCCAUCGCGUCGGCAGUUCCUGUGGAUGGAAGGCAGUCGUGGCGAGUAUCAAACGACGACGCAUUGAUUGUCACAGGGGGAAUCUUUAGCCCACUUUCAGUGGAUUGUGAUGUAGUCAUUUUUGCAUGCAAGAACAUAGUGUACAUCAGACAAUUGUUCGUCACCUAUGAUGCCAUUGAUUGA